UUCUAAAAUCCAUGGAGCUGAAGUAGAGUCAGAAGGUCUGAUGAAGCAAGCAAGCAACAGUCGCUACACCGCCGCGGACUUAUUCAACUUGCACGGCUCUUUCCCUAUCCGGGUUUUAUCGUGAUUUUUUUGCUUCUUUUUCUGACGAGGAUCCCGAAAGCCAGCGAACGAUCAUUGAAGUCCCCCGACGCCGAGGAGUUUGUGUCGGGCACCGGGGAAAAGCAACAACGCGUGAGGCGGUGCCCGCAAGUAAGCUAACCUCCUGGACUAGGGCGGAACCAAGAAUGGGGUAAGCGGGCGAGCCAACGGACGACGUUGUAACCAGACGAGUGCCCGCUCAGCAGCACAGGUGCGCGAAGGCGUCAUGGCGCUGCUGCGGAUGAAACUGAAGGUUCUGUUGACUGUCAUGACGGUCAACGUCUUCAUCUUCAUCGUGAUCUUCCGACACGGCGGGCGGGACAAGGGCUUCCAGGACAAGGUGCUUAUCCCCUCCAAGCCCUUCUGGAAAAAGAUGACGCAGAGCUCGGGUUACUGGAACGUUCAGCAGCAGGUUCUGGACUUCCGACACAACCCCAUCCUGGCCAAUCACAGAACCGCCGACUUGCCCGAUUGGCUCAAUGAAACCCACGUGUCUUUCAACUCCUGUCAACCCGACACCAGGGUGACCACUCGCGUGAAAGACUACAACUCCCUACCUUUGCGAUUCAAGGACUUCCUGCUGUACAUGCACUGCCGCUAUUACCCGGUCUUGAUGGACCAGCCGGACAUCUGCCAGGAGCAGCCCUUCCUGCUGCUAGCCGUCAAGUCCCUGGCGCCGCAUUUCGACAGGCGUCAGGCCAUACGCCAGUCUUGGGGCAGGGCGGGUGUGCUCGCCAACCGCACCGUGGUGACUAUCUUCCUCCUGGGCCAGACCAUGGCCAGAGACCACCACCCGGACCUGUCGCCGAUGCUGAGCUACGAGAGCGACCAACAUCGGGACAUCAUUCAGUGGGACUUCCGGGACUCCUUCUUCAACCUGACUAUCAAGGAAGUCCUCUUUCUGGACUGGAUCCAGACACGUUGCCCAGGUGCCAGCUUCGUCUUCAAGGGGGACGACGACGUCUUUGUCAACACCUACGCCAUCCUGAGCUUCCUGGGAGGGCUGUCUGCUUCCAAAGCCGCAGACCUCUUCGUGGGGGAUGUCAUCACCAACGCCGGGCCGCACCGGGACAAUAAGUUGAAGUACUUCAUCCCGGAAAGCAUGUACAUCGGCUCGUAUCCGCCUUACGCCGGCGGCGGCGGCUACCUGUACUCGGCUAGCGUGGCUGCCCGCCUGCAUGCCGCCUCCCACCAGGUGGCGCUCUACCCCAUCGAUGACGUCUACACGGGCAUAUGCCUGAUGAAGUUGGGGCUGGCCCCUGAGAAACACAAGGGCUUCAGAACCUUCAACAUCGAGGAGAAGUACCGCAACAUCCCAUGCGCCUACAAGGGCUUGAUGCUAGUCCACCCGCGCACUCCGCAGGAGAUGAUCCAAAUCUGGUCCUGGCUCAACCAGUCAGACCUCAACUGCCAGUAGAAAGUGCCCACCAUUAUUUGGAGUUUGUCGCUGUGCUCAUUUGGAAGUUCAGCCUGGAAAGGUUUGCUCCAUUUGGGAGCACCAGAGUAUUUUUGGCUGCCAUUUUACAGUAAGGGUACUUGUGGUUAUUUAUUUUUUUUAGUUUUUAAUAUCAGGCGUAUCUAAAUUUUACCACAUGGCGUUUAUCGAUGUACCAUAUUGUUUCGAAUCAUUAUUAGUUGAAACCUCAUUUGAGAGUCCCCUUAUUGUAAAGUGGCGCUGUUAUUUAUUAAUUUGAUCUUCUCGAUUUGGUGUACAAAGAGCUUGAACCAAAAAUGUGUUUGUCUUUGGCGCACAUAUUUAUACGGUUGUAACUAUUUAUAAACGCUUUAACACUGUCCGCUCUCCACAAGGGGGGCAUCCAAAAUGCUGUAUUAUAUAAGAACAGACAUGAGAAGAUAGGCGUGGGUUCUGAACAGUGUCUUCAGAGUCCGAAAGUCUUUUAUCAGAGAUGGAUUUGAUCAUUUAUCGAUCUGUGCCUUUCAUAUAAUUUCAUACCACAAAUUAGAUUAGAGAAGUGUCUGGUGUUUACUGUACCCGCUGUUAGCUUUCGAGUAGCCGCUGUCCAGCCUCUGAUGCUACCACAGAAGCUGGAAAAUCCUCGGGUCAUACGUAGAAGUUCAGCGUAAAACAAAUUGGUAUUUCAGAGACUAGCUUUCGUGCCUUUCUCACGGAGACGCAGCAUUUCGCAAUGUCACAUCAACGACUGGUGUCUCGUUUUUUUUUUUUCUCCCACCGGUCAUAUUUCUCACAGCUGCCGUCCUGUCCCUGAAACUACCUCAGAAGCUGGAAAAUCUGCAGUAUUCUCAUUUCAUAUCCUUUCAUACAUAUGUUGACAAAAAUAAUCUCUUCAAUAACAUAGUUGCCUUUGUCAAAUUUGGUGGAGCAAAAAUAGUUGAUGCACCUUUGUUGGUAUCAUUUACCUAGUAACAAUUUUUUUUUUUUUUGACUUACCGUCCUCAUGUCAAUUUCAAAACAAUCUAAUUGUUGGUGAUGGUUGUCUUGUUUUCCAAAAAAUUGUCAAAUAUGACAUAUGCAUAACACUUCUGCACACUAGUAGGACAAAUUUUCCAUACAAGUAGGACGACUACGUGUUGCUAGUGUGGCCAAACUGCACUAGUUGACACGGUGUGUUGAUAGCACUAGACGUUAACUAGUUGAAUUUUAUGUCACCAGUAGUACAAGUAAGGACAGCUUUCCGUGAAGCUGUUUUAGCAAUUUAUUCAAUAUCCUUGAUUUCAGUUGUAAGGUCCGUGUGUGUGCUUUGUUCACACCAGGAAGACAAUUCAGCUCACUAGUUGAAAGAUGGCAGUGCGUUAGUGGAACCACUGGAGGCUUAGUUGCCGCUGCUUCCGUCAUCCAUUUGGUAUUUUAUCAGGGCUAAUGUGUCGGCCAUAUUGGCGGUUAAGGUCCUUGUGGGUGUCAACUUUGCCAGCCUGCUUUUGUGAAGUUUUUGUGAUGCCAAAAUCCGGCAAAGAUGCAAUGUUAAUGCAAAGCAAGAGAGGAAAUGGGAAAAGUUGGAAAUGGGAAAAGUUAGCGUUAUUUUCCAGGACAGAAUGUUUGCGUUGAAAAGCUUUUUGUGUUAGGAAUGAUUUUUUUGUGUGUUUCGGAAUCAAAUAUAUUUGUUUGAUGCAAUGACACGUUUUUAUUUUCAGGAAAUUAAGAAUGAAUUUGUGUUGUACAAAUGUCUGACUAACUUCAUGUAUUUAACACUGUAAAAAAAAAAAGUUCAAAUCUUUUUUUACAAUUCUGUCAGGAAGAAAAAGCUCAGACGCUAGGUGUCGAUUAGCUUUACUUGUCACCGUCUUCCGUUAUUACCAAUUUGAAUCAUCAAUGACGUUUUAAAAAAAAAAA